CUAGAACUUCGUGCGUAAUUUCAGGUGCCUUGGACUUGAUAACUCUUCGGAUUGAUGCAGCAAGAACUGCACUCGAAGGUGAACAUAGAAAAAGGAAAGGUGUAGGACAAGCUGGGAGUAGAAAGAGACAGAAGGGUGAAAUUGCAGCAUGCACACACAACACAGAAGCUGCAAGUUCAAGCAUGACGCCAAAGCAAUGCAAUUUCACUGAAGUAGGACUAAGUAAUGAUAGCAGUGAUGAGGAUUUUGUGGUAACCCCAAGGCAGCCAGUGAAAUAGAGUGAGGGAGCAAAGGCAGAUGCAAAUGGAAAGAAAAAAGGAAAGAUAAGAAGAUUAAAAGAACCAUAUAGAGCAAUAAAAACAAGGUCCACACCGCAGCUUUUGGUGAAGGCAUUAGGAGACUUGAAUGAUGUCCAAAUAGGACAGGUGAUUGACAUGGGAUUUGGUGGGCUGCUGAGUCUUAAGAUUCAAGAAAUUCCAUCAAAAUUGGCAUUUUGGGUCUUGAAAAGUUUUAAUGCAGCGGACAGUACCAUGUAUUUGGGAAAAAACAAUAAGUUGCAUGUCAACGAAGCAAACGUGGCACAUGUCAUGGGUUUCCCGCGUGGACAACAGUUGAUUGUCAAGAAAAAGAAAUCUGAAAACUGUCAAUUGAUAUUGGAGCGGGCAGCUUUGUUUGAAGGCCAGACGAACCGGAUUAAACCUACUCAAGUGUGUGACAAGAUGCUGAAAUGCACUAGUGGAGGACCAUGGUUCAAGAGACACUUUAUCGUUUUGAUGGUUUCUCUUCUAUUGGACAACACAGCUAAUGGAUAUGCAAAUCCACUCAUCUUGAGCAAUUUAGUCAACGUGGUUAGAAUCAGAGAGAUGAAUUGGUGCGAAUAUGUAAUGACUACUUUGAUUGAGAAGAAACAUGUAUGGGAGAAGAAUGAUACCAAAAGUUUUACAGGGCCUUUGUUGUUCCUUAUGCUUUUGUACGUGGACAGGGUAGUUGUGUACCGAAGAAAGAUCGAUAGAAGCAUUCCAGCAUGGAGGGGAUGGACAAGUACUCUACUCAGAGCAAGAGAGACAGAAGAGAUGCAGGUUGGUGGAAUUGGUUUGGGAUAUAUAGAUGGGCCAUAUGAACAACCAAAAAUCUUGGAAGAGAGCGGAAAUAAAGGUGAAGAGCAGUUUGCAGAGAAGGAGAAUGAAAUAAAUAAAUCUGAAAGAGAGCAACCAAAAGGCGAGGGAAAGAGUGAGGAUUUCAUGGAGGAAUUUGCGUUGAAAACGAACCUUCUGGCAACAACAUCAAUAGAAAUAAUCAACAUGGUGCAACAAGCACCGGAAGCUGUGAUGGGGAAUGAAAGCUUCAAAAAGAUGCAAGAAGCAGCUAGAAGUAUUUUAGGAUUGACAGGUGAGCUUAGUCCCGAAAAAAUGACGAGUGAUGCAGGAAGCCAGAGAGAAAUGCCUUGGGACGAUGCAUUCUGGUCCAACGAAAACAACAUAUUGGCACUAAUAAAGGCUGAAAAUGCAUUGGUCGAAAGAGCAGAGUACAAAAAAAAUAAAUGCGCUUCCAAGUUUCAGUCUAGGCAUGACACAAGAAACAAAUAACACAGCAAAUGAGAGGACCCGAGGGAGGGAAGAGGAAAUGUGUGAAGAAGUGCAGGUUGAUGGUAAUCUGCAACAGAAUGAGGAGACAAGGGUAGUGUUUGAUGAAGUUCACAGAGAUGAAGAUGAAGCUGAAAAUGAAACAGAAGUGCUAUUGAUCAAAAAAAUAGUUGAAGCAGAAGGACGAAAAAAGCCAAAGAGAAUGACCAGGGCCUCACAAAUGGUGAAGUCACCCUUCAUGACCAGAGUUGUUGAUGCAAGCGACAACUCAGGAGCAGUAGAGAGGGCAGCAGCACGAUGGGCGCUACUGAAUGACAAGGCAGAUAAGCUUGAAGUAAUAUUCAAAUACGAUAAAGUGGAGCUUAAACGUGAUGAAUUGUCUAGUCUGAAAGAAGAUAAAAACUGGCAAGAAGCGUGAUCGAUGUUUGGGCAACAAUACUGAACAAAAAGGAAAAGUAUAGGAGUCCAGUUUCUCCAAGACGUGUUUUCACAAAGGCUUUCCCAUGUCUAUAUACGGUAGAGAAAACACUGAGUGAUAAACAAGCAUAUGGAUUAUUUGGAAAUCAUUUGGAAGCAGGAUUGGAGGAAGUGAGAGAGACUACUACAGUGAAAGAUGUUGAUGUGUUUAUGAUUCCAGUGAUCCAACUUAAACAUUGGUAUGUCAUUAGUUUCAACGUGAAGACUAGGAGGUUUGACGUUCUAGACUCUUUAGCAGCAAAGGGUAUCAGUCCAGAUAUGUAUGGAGACAGCUUGGAAAGAUUGGUAAGGAUGAAUCCUUAUAAGUAUUAGUAAGAUUUGUGUUGAAUCCAAUUGGUCAUGUAAUAUCAUGUUGCUGAUUGACAUAUUAAUCUGCAACAAUGGUACUUUGUGCACAAAUUGAGAUCGCUAGGCCUUGAAAAAAAGGUAGAAAUGAUUGCAAAGCUAAAACCAAGAAGACUAGAAAUGGUCUCACAAGAAAAGAAUAGUCUGCAUGAUUCUGGAGUUUUUGCGAUGAGGCACAUGGAGACUUGUAAGGGAGAAGGCAUGGUAGGAUGGGAAAGUGGGCUGAAAAAAGGACAAAAAGCAUAUUGGUGCGCUGAGAGUGAAAUAUGCAUCUGCAAUUGUGCUAGCAGAUAUCAACGAGCUUAGGUUGGAGAAUCUGAAAGAGGCACGGGAGUAUGUAAAAGGAAAGUGAUAUGGAAGAAAAGUAAACAAUUUGUGUUUUGAAUGUUUUGUGUUCUACUUUGGAUUAUGUUUGGAAUUGUGUUAACGUGCUGGAAAACUUAAUAGUUGGGUGGUCGUUUUAUGUUAUUUUGCUUGUUAUAUAUUGGUUUUUAAAUGCAAGUAUUUCAUAAGUAUUUAUAAUAGCAAUCAAAGAAUGUGAUAAA